AAGGACACAGCAAGCAAACAGUCGGGGAGCCUGCUCUUAGGGUCACCACAGUUGCCAUAAUUGCCUCCUCUUUCCCAAAAUAAGUGAAGUCAGUUCUGACUGGGGGCUGUUCUGUCACUGCAGAAGCUGUGUUGGACACAGACUGGACAGUUGUGAGUACAAAGGCAGAACUGCCUCUACUACAAGAUCAAGCAGACAUGAAACAGCCCCUGAUCCUGUCCCUUCUCCUGCUGGGGACAGUUUCUGCUUCUUAUCUGGGGACCACUCGCCACCAUCAGGAGAGCCCAAAGAGAGAACCAGACCUGUGGCAGGAUGCAGAUGGUUCAAGGGAUCAGGGAAGAGAUUUGGCUUUGACCCAAAAGACAAUAUUGACAGAGGGCGAGGAGACUGAGGGUUCCAAACAUCAAGACAACUUUGAGGAUGAGAAGGCUGACCCAGAUGCCUUAGACAAGGACUCAACAUGCCCCAGAGAAGAGGACAUAGUUCAUUUGCAAGGAACUCCUGGGUGCAAGAGCUGCCGCUACAUGCUGGUGAGGACUCCCAAGUCUUUUGAUAAAGCUCAGUGCGUCUGCAGGAGUUGCUACGGAGGCCACCUUGCUUCCAUCCACAGCUACAAUGUCAACUUCCAAAUUCAGCGCCUGGCCAGGAAGAUCAACCAGUCCCACAUCUGGAUUGGAGGCAUCCUCAAGGGCUGGUUCUUCUGGAAGAAGUUUCGGUGGACUGAUGGGAGCUGCUGGGAUUUUGGAAACUGGGCCCCAGGGCAGCCUGGGAAUGGGGGAGGACACUGUGUGACUCUGUGCACCACAGGGGGCCAUUGGCGAAGAGCCUCAUGUAAGAGCCGCCUGCCUUUCAUAUGUUCCUUCUAAGCUGGAGGAAGACCCUACCUUGGAACCUCCUGUCUCCACAGCCUUGGCUGCUGGUGUCCCGUCCUCUGGCAUUCAGUUCUGUCUCCUGCCUCUCCUGGUCAUAAAGUCAGCUUCCCCCUGCA